CGCGAGUUUUUAUUUUUCGAUAUUUUUGACGUCUAGUAUAUUUGUAAAUACUUUUGUCUCUGUUUAUUUAUAUGCUGGCUUGUGGAUUUGCGAAGUAUCCAAAUCUCUGCAGAAUAAAGGCUUUUUCCCGAAAAUAAAACACUUUUGGUCACACACAACAACAACAAACACUCACAAUGGCGUACUACAAAGGAGCAGCCAGCGAAGGGGGUCGCGCUAUGCAGUUGAUGAAAAAACGAGAAAUCGCCCAACAGGAAAUCGAGUUCCGUAAGAAAAAGAUCGAAGAGGAUCUGAAAGUUAGCAACAUCGAGAACAAAUUUGCUACUCACUAUGAUGCCGUGGAACAGCAGCUUAAAACGUCGACCAUUGGUUUGGUCACACUUGAUGAGAUGAAACAGAAGCAGGAGGACAUUGUCCGAGAACGGGAAAAGAAGCUGGCUCAGAAAAAGGAGGAAAAAGACCGCGAGAAACUCAAGGCUCUGGAAGCGAAACAAGCGGAAAAAGAUCGACAACGUAAGCAGAUUCAGGCACUUUCGUUUGACCCGGAGGAUGACGAAGAAGGUGACGAUGACGAAGACGAAGAACAGCCAUUGGAUAUAAAACCUCGUAAAUGGCAAACUGAAGAAUGCUCCGAGCCAAGGAUUAAGAAAAUCAAGAAAAAUCCCGAUGUAGAUACUUCCUUCUUGCCAGAUAGGGAACGCGAAGAAAUGGACAAUAAGCUAAGGGAAGAGCUGCGCCAAGAAUGGGCCAUGAAGCAGGCAACCCUAAAAGACCAAGAAAUCCCCAUUACUUUCAGUUACUGGGACGGAUCAGGACACAGAAAGUGUGUUACGAUGAAAAAGGGAAACUCCAUUUAUCAGUUUUUACAGAAAUGUCUGGAAAUGCUUCGGAAGGAAUUUAGCGAGCUUAAGACAGUGAUGGCAGAUCAACUGAUGUAUGUAAAGGAAGAUUUGAUUCUUCCUCAUCAUUACACAUUUUACGACUUCAUCGUGACGAAAGCCCGCGGGAAAAGUGGGCCACUGUUCAGCUUUGAUGUCAAAGAUGACAUUCGUAUGAUCAGCGAUGCCACCGUGGAGAAGGAAGAAACCCAUGCCGGAAAAGUGUUGCUACGUUCGUGGUACGAAAGGAAUAAACACAUUUUCCCUGCAUCUCGUUGGGAACCAUACGAUCCCACAAAGGUCUACGAUAAGUACACGAUCAAGGAUAAGUGUAAGAAGUAGGUAAGUUGCAAUUCCACUAACAUAAAUACAAUAUACUA